AUGGAUCCAUACUAUUCAUCACCAUCAUCUUGCUACUAUCAUCCAUCAUCUUGCGCUUCUUAUGAAUCAUCGCCAUCGUUUUUAUCAGAUCCUUAUACUGAUCCAUACUCAUCGUAUCCAUCAACAUCUACAUCUUAUUAUUAUUCAUCAUCAUAUACUGAUCAAACAACCUCAUCACCCAUUGUUUUCUACAAUAAUUCGGCAACAAAUAUUCAUAAUCAGCCGAAUUAUCCAGCUCCGAUAGCCAGUACUCCGACGAAUAUGUCAAUUGCUUGCUCCACAUCCUCAUUAAAUACCACAUUCGAGUCGGCUCCACCACCAGGUCGUCGCCGUCGUCAACGAACAAUUUUCUCAAAGGAUCAAGUUGAUAUUCUCGAUCAAGUCUUUGAAAAAAAUCAAUAUCCUGAUUUUCAACUGCGUGAACAACUCUCCGAAAGACUAGAUGUUCCUGAAGCUCGAAUUCAAGUGUGGUUCAAAAAUCGUCGUAGCCGUGCUGGAAGAACAAAAUCAAAAUACUAA